AAAGAAAAAAAUAUAUAAAAAUCAAAUACAAAAAUAGAGCAUAAAAAAAUAUAAAAAAAAAAAUUUAAAUCGUUGAAUUAACAAUGAGCAACACUAUGACCGCACAUGAACCCAUCAACUAUUUGGACAGCAUCCUUAAUGAGGAGGAGAAACGCUGUGAAUAUAGUCAUCAAUGGCGUAAUUUCACAAUUUCACGGUCGGGACGCUUUAAGUCAAAAAAUAAAAAACGCGACGCUGUCGUCGAUGCUAAAUUAUUCGAUUCAGCCGCACAAAAGUCCAACGAUGAAAGUAACAAUCGCAGCAACAAUGCAACUGCAGCAUACAACAAGGAACAGGAUAAGGUGUGUAUUUUAUUUAAUAAAAAAAAAAAAUGGGAUAGUUUCCCCGUUAUUUAUACAUGCGGCUUGGUUCCACUUACUUAUAAACGUUGA